UCUGCUAUCGGUUACUGAAAAAACCCAUGAAACAUAGCCGUUGUUUAUUUAUUUCUCUCUCUCUCUCUAGCAUGAAAAAUCUUGACAGAUUUUAUUUAUAGUACUCUUGCAGAACUGAGAGCACUAUUGUUUUCAAGCUACUUUAACCUUCAAAGAAAUCAUAACUUGGAAAGAGAGAGAAAGAAAGUGAAACAAAACCCUCGAAGGAAAAAGCAAGAAACAGCUCGUUUUUUUGCUUCCAUGGAAGCGAAGCACAUUUUGUGUUUCAUUUUACUGGUGGGGUUUGUUUUGUUUCAAGUAAAUGCAGACCCAGUUGAGGAUAAGCAAGCAUUGCUUGAUUUUGUUCACUAUUUGCCACAUUCUCGGUCUUUAAACUGGAAAGAGAGCUCCCCAGUUUGCAAUAACUGGAGUGGAGUCAUUUGCAGUGGAGAUGGGACUCGUGUAAUUUCUGUAAGGUUGCCUGGUGUUGGAUUUCAUGGCCCGAUUCCACCAAACACUCUCAGUCGUCUCUCAGCAUUGCAGGUUUUGAGCCUUAGAUCCAAUGGUAUCAGUGGGGAGUUCCCUUUUGAAUUCUCUAAUUUAAAGAAUCUGUCUUUUCUUUAUCUUCAGUAUAAUAAUUUAUCUGGGUCAUUGCCAUUUGAUUUUUCUGUUUGGCCUAAUCUUACCAUUGUUAAUCUGUCCAACAAUCGGUUUAAUGGGAGUAUUCCUUAUUCGUUUUCGAAUUUGAGUCACCUUGCUGUUUUGAAUCUCGCGAACAAUUCGUUUUCUGGUGAAGUCCCUGAUUUUAAUUUACCAAAUCUGCAGCAGAUAAACAUGUCUAAUAAUAAUCUUACUGGUAGUGUACCAAGGUCACUUAGAAGAUUCCCUAAUUCAGUGUUUUCUGGUAACAACAUUCCAUUUGAAGCUUUUCCUCCUCAUGCUCCACCGGUUGUUACUCCAUCUGCCACACCCUAUCCAAGAUCUAGGAAUAGUAGGGGACUUGGUGAAAAAGCAUUGCUAGGGAUUAUAGUUGCUGCUUGUGUUUUGGGGCUUGUAGCAUUUGUUUACUUGAUAGUUGUUUGUUGUUCGAGAAAGAAGGGCGAGGAUGAGUUUUCAGGGAAGUUGCAGAAAGGAGGAAUGUCACCAGAGAAAGUGGUGUCAAGGAGUCAGGAUGCUAAUAAUAGAUUGACUUUCUUUGAGGGGUGUAACUAUGCAUUUGAUUUGGAAGAUUUGUUGAGGGCUUCUGCUGAGAUACUGGGAAAAGGUACAUUUGGUAUGGCUUAUAAGGCUAUUCUGGAGGACGCAACCACAGUGGUUGUGAAGAGGUUGAAGGAAGUGAGUGUUGGGAAGCGAGACUUUGAGCAGCAGAUGGAGGUUGUUGGAAGUAUUAGGCACGAGAAUGUGGUUGAACUGAAGGCGUAUUACUAUUCCAAAGAUGAGAAGCUGAUGGUGUAUGAUUAUUUCAGUCAGGGGAGCGUUGCCUCCAUGCUACAUGGAAAAAGAGGAGGUGAGCGAAUCCCUCUUGAUUGGGACACCAGAAUGAGAAUUGCUAUAGGUGCAGCAAGAGGCAUUGCUCUUAUCCAUGCAGAGAAUGGUGGGAAAUUUGUCCAUGGAAACAUCAAAUCCUCCAACAUCUUUCUUAAUUCUCGGUGUUAUGGUUGUGUAUCUGAUCUUGGUUUGGUGACUAUAACAAGCUCAUUAGCCCCACCUAUUGCUCGUGCUGCUGGUUAUCGUGCCCCAGAAGUAGCAGACACCCGAAAAGCAGCACAGCCUUCUGAUAUCUACAGCUUUGGAGUGGUGUUACUGGAGCUUCUCACUGGAAAGUCCCCCAUUCAUACCACGGGAAGUGAUGAGAUUAUCCACUUAGUCAGGUGGGUUCAUUCUGUUGUUAGGGAGGAGUGGACAGCUGAAGUGUUUGAUGUUGAGCUGAUGAGGUAUCCAAACAUCGAGGAAGAGAUGGUGGAGAUGUUGCAGAUAGCAAUGUCCUGCGUGGUGAGAAUGCCAGACCAAAGACCUAAAAUGACAGAGGUGGUGAAAAUGAUAGAGAAUGUCCGGCAGAUCGAUACUGAGAAUCAUCAACCUUCUGAAAGCAGAUCUGAAAGUUCUACACCGCCACCUCUGGUGGUUGAAAGAGAAUCCUGAAUCUCCUUAAGAGCAAGCUGAUCCAUUCGGUCUACCCUUUUCUUUAUUUUUUAAAUCUUUUUCUUUAUUUUUUCCUGUCUGGUUUUUUAUCAUCUCAAUUUUUCCGAACUGUUCCAGUGAACUGUUUCUGAUGAAACUUUUGUCAUCUAGAACCUAGUGAGAGAGGUAAGGUUGGGCAAAUCAGCAAAAUCAGCAUAUCAGUGGACUUUUGAUGCCUGAGAAAGUGGUUCUGUGCAUCAGCAGCUUAUUGAUCCAUGUAAAUGUUAAAGCAUUUUCUCUCAACUGAUAUUCUUGAUUGAAUGCAAAAUCAUGCUAGUUGCAUAUUUUAUGAA